CCAAGACUGAGUUCCGGUUUUUGGUACCGUCCUUUUCGGCUCUGAAUUUCAAUAGCACGGAACGUGUAGAGAUGAAUUUCUAGGAAGGGCAGCAUUAUAAAGACAUUGUACAGAUUUUAGCUUGAUGAAGAACCUUCUCAGUACUCCUUGUUGAAGGGAGCAGUUUCUAAUUGCUCGGGUGAAGUGUAGCGCAGUUUGAAAACAUCCUCCCGGAUUUGUGUGCACCAACAUCACCGUGCAGGGUCGCGUGUUGAACGGUUUCAUUGUCUGUUUGUGUGAUCUUCCCAUUCACUGCGAAGAAGAUGAAGAGUUGACGAUUCAUGGGCUGUGCCGUGAUCCCCGCACAUCAUUGGUGCAAGUGAUUUCUCACGAAAGUUUUCACAAUGCCGCUGUACGGGAAAAAUCCAUUCAUUCGCAAGGAACCACCGGCUGAUUUAAAACCGGACGACGAAGUUUUCUGCUGCAAAGUCACCGCUGAAGUGUUUGACAAUUACGAGGAAUACUUUGCCCGUGUCAUUUUGUGCAACAGCCUCGUGUGGACGUGCUCCGUGACUGGAAAACCGGGGCUAACAUUCCAAGAUGCGCAACAUUCGGAAGAGCAAGCUAUUUCGAUGUUGAAGCAGUUUCCCGCUGGCCUGCGAAAGCCCCUCCUGUAUCUGGCAACACUGACAAGGCGGGGCCGUCUGGCAGACUUAUGCGACGACGUCUUUAGCUUUGCUCGGGACCGCUACUUCAUUGGGGAAACGGUUGAAGUCACAAUCAAGAGUCAAAAGAAAACAUGUACAGUCACCGGAGUCUCGGCAGCACAACGGUCAAAGUCUCCGUCAAAGGCCACAUCGCCACACAAGAAGCCACUACAACCCCUGGCAGCAGACAAGGUCAAGUAUGAAGUACAGGACAGCAAUGGCAAAACGCAUGUUGCGUCUGGUUCAGAUGUUUGCCGAAAAAAGAAUUCCUACACACGAGACAAAAACCGAAUAUUCUUCAGGCAAGGCAUUGAGCUUGCAGACGACGUCCUGGUUGUGAAGGAAUCCACUCAGAAGAAAUACUCUUUGAAGCAGACACACUUUACAGACAUCUUUGCUGGGCCACCUCCAAGCUUUUCUGUCUCUCCGAAAGGCAAAGGAGCGUCUGCAGAAAAAGGAAAGAAAUCCAAGGCAUCACCAUCAAAAGAGACGCCUAAAAAGAAAGAAGCUGGAACUCCAAAGAAGGACACAGCAGAAAAGCAGGCAGCAGCUGCAGCGGCGGCGGCUAAAGCAGCGGAAGAACUAGCCAAGAAACGUGACAAAGAAAUGGCCGAUCUCUUCAACAAGAAGAUGGCCGAAAAAGAAGAGAGAAAAAUUAAAGUUCAACAGAAGCUUGAAGAAAAGAAGCUUUAUGCACAGUUCAUGAGUGAAUGGAACAGUCCAAGGGAAGACUUGGAAUGUGAUGACCUGAAGGAGCUCCCACCACUGGUGCCCCUCAAGUGUAGUAUCCCUCAAGAGCAGUUCGGGGACCUGGUCAUGGUGCUGGAGUUCCUCAACCUAUUUCCUGAACAGCUCGACCUCAAGGACUAUUUUGCAUCUGGCGUCACAUUUGACCUCUUGGAACAAGCAGUGAAAGAAGUUGACGUGCUGGGUAUUUUGAGCGACGUGUUCCAGCUACUGCUGACAGCCAUCCUACGUACACAGGAGGAAGAGAUGCAAGUGGACAAAAGGAUGGCAGAGGGUGAAGAAUCCGGAAGCGAAGACGAUGCUGAAGAAGACGAAAAAUUCAUUGUGGGUGGCAUUCCGAUAAAGAAAGCACAAAAGGCGGCAACAGCGAUUGCUCGGAGGCCUCAACAGGUUCUGGGCAUGAAGCUGACCAAGGUGAUGCUGGAUGCGCUCUCUUUGACGGAAGUGUUGCGCCUUCACUUGGGUGGAAGUGGUUCCCUUAACAUAGCCAAGAAAGUCUACAGUGGCUGGUACACACAAAGGGAGGACCCUGGUCUGUGGUUUGCAGCCCAAGAGCCAGAGAUCAUGGCCAAGCUGGCAACUAGCAGCAUCUAUGACCUCAGUGCUGGUGAGAAAAUAAAGCUGAUGCGUGUGCUCGUGGAACAGCUUCUCUCGAUGGAGACGUUCCGCAGCGUCAUUGAGGAAAACUGGAUGAGGCUCAAGCAGCUCAAGCACGAUGUGAAACAGCUGAGAAUUGCUUUCUUCAGGGAAGACAGGGAGGCCAAGUUGAAAAAGAACAAGGACGGUGCCCCUGAUGCAAAGAAAGAUGCAGCAGAUGGAGAGGACAAGAAAACAGAAAACAAAGACAACACUCCAGAGUCUGUUGAGUUGAACAAGGCUCUCCUGCAAAAGAAGGAACGUGAAGAUGCUCGCCGUAAGGAAGAAUUCGAGCGCAAAGAACAGGCACUCCGCAAGGAGAUCGAUAAUCUGCAGCGCUUUUGCUGCUUGCAGCCCAUUGGUCAGGACAGAAUGCACCGCCGCUACUGGGCCUUUUCCUCAUUGCCCGGCCUAUUCGUUGAGGACAACGACACUGACAAGGGUGCCUGCCUGCCUGGGGGAACUCCGCUGGUGUCCUGCGAGCUACCCAAGAAUCCAUCCAUCGCGUUUAUGGAGUCGUUCCUCCUCAAGCGUCGUGGCGAGGAGUGUGCGACAGAUUCGGCAGCGUUAAGUGACAAAGAAAACAAGGAAACAGCCGCAGAGCGCAAACCACCGAACGACACAAAGUCGCAGAAGCUACUUGGCGACUCGAAUCCGAGGGUUGCACGACGCAUGUCUCUGGAAGCAGGCGUCAACGGGUGUGUGGACCCAAAGCGGGACCUGGUCAUUGUACUGGACAAGAUGGAGUCAAAUACAAGGGAGAACGUGCCUUCUGGAAAGGCGUACCCGUUCGGACUGUGCUCGGGGCUCCCGGAAACCUGCUCAGUUCACGGGAGCUCUUCUGGAGGUACCAGCUGGUGGUUUUGUGGGGACAAGGACCAGUUAGAGGCUCUUAUAGGAGCGCUUAACCAAAGAGGCUUCCGCGAAAGCAAGCUGAGAACAGUGCUGAAGAGAGAGGCAGCUCACUACGAGAUGUUAAUUGCCAAGUGCCCAAAGAAAAAGUUGAACCCAGAUACGAGCUGGCCAGAGGAACCCGAGGUAGUAGAAGAAGUGAGAAAGUCCUCUAGACUUAAUAACAAUGCAGCGGCAAAGCCUUCUAACCUUGCAGGAAUUGAGUCUCGUUUGGCGCAGGUGCUGAGCUUCCGCGAAGCGUUGCUCGAUUUGGAAGAGAAAGUGUUUGCCGGUAGCCUCGGCAUGCUGAAAAAUGCGGAGCGAGAAAAGUGGAGGGAAAAGUUGGACUCCCUGCUCCUUGCUGUUGAAACAAAGAACAAAGACACUGCUGAGAUCAACAAGCUGUCCGAAGAGCUCAACUAUGCUGGGGAAGUAGCGCUGUUGUCCGGUGCGCUCGUUGAAGUGUCGUUGGCCAUAGAGCGCAAAUUCCUCCAGCCUCCCCUGGGAGAAACGGAAGAGCAGAGGAAGAAGCGCAAGACUGCAGAGCUGGCACGCAAGAGCAAGGACGACGAGGGCGAGGAACCACCUAAGAAGACGGUAAACGUGAUGGAAGUGUGGCGGGACGCUGCAAGAAAGAGCACAUCCGUUGCUCAGCUCUUUCUCUACAUGUCGUCGCUCGAGCGCAGUAUAGCGUGGGAUCGUUCGGUGCUGAAGGCAUAUUGCAGAAUCUGCAGGCGACGGCGAGACCCAGAGAACAUGCUCCUGUGCGACGGUUGCGACCGUGGUCACCACCUUUACUGUCUGCGGCCACCAUUGGACGAGAUACCGAAGGGCGACUGGUAUUGUACGACGUGUAGGCCGAAAGAAAAGCCUGCCUCGCCAACAAAGAGAAAAUACAUAGAGGAAGAUGAACUUGAGAGUGAAGACGGGGAUGAGGACAUGAAUGAGGAAGAGGAGGAGGAGAGUGAGGAAGCAGAGGAUGAGAAUGAUGACACGUGCAACGCCUGCAAGAAGGGAGGCACACUCAUUUGCUGCGACAGCUGUCCACUUUCAUUCCACAUGGAGUGCACAAACCCGCCGUUGAGGAGGGUGCCCCGUGGUGCAUGGAGCUGCACAAAGUGUACAAAGGCAAAGUCUGAUAAUGUCACAAUUCGUGGGAAGGGCAGCAGAACACGCUCACAAAGUGCGGCAGUUGACUCGAAACGGUACAUGGAGCGGCAGCAGCACGCUCUGGCUACCAGGAAACGACACAGUGCAGGCAACCCUGUAAUUGAAGCUCUCAAGGGCGGGAAACGCUUCAAAAGAAGUUCGGACGCUGCGUCGUCUCACAGUGACGAUACGGUCAGCUCCCGCGGGUCGUCGCGUCGUUCGAGCCAGGAUCUUCCCCUCGAUUUCAAGGCAUGCGACGAGAUCCUUCAAGCCAUGGUCCACGACGCGGACUCGUGGCCGUUCCACUGUGCCGUCAGCCGUCGGAGUGCUCCGGACUACUACGACAUCAUCAAGCGGCCCAUGGACUUGGGAAAGAUCCGUGGGAAGCUGAGCAGCAUGGAGUACCGUACGACGAAGGAGUUUGUCGCUGACGUAUACCUCAUCUUCCAGAACUGCAGUGUGUACAACAGUGCGGGAUCGCCGGAGUACGCUGCUGGCUCAGGCUUGCUGGGGAGGUUUGAGAAACUGCUAGUGGAGCACGGCCUCCGCGGAUUCCCCCAUUCGGACUGCUUCCAGCAGGAGAAGGGCACAGAAAAAAGGUCACGACGCAGCGCGACGAGAAAAUAAGUGUUCUUCUCAGUGGUGGUUUCCAGCACCGUGAGUGAUACCAACCCCCGUACUUAUCAUGUAGCUGUUAUUCCAUUUGUUGCUACCCUGUUUUUAAGUUCUCACUGCAAAUAUCCCGUGGCAGGUCGUUUAAAAAAGUCUUUGCAAAGAGAGCAAGAAACUUGCAGCACCGUGCUUUCCCUUUGAUGGGCAAAUUUGGUCGCCCAAUCCGGUGUCGGUUUUAGAACGUGCCCCCGCUAUUUAUGUUUUAUCAUGCCGCAUACAACGUCACCACUUCUCGUCGAACUGUCCUGGAGGCCGUGGUAGUGUCUUUGCACUCCAUCCUGCUUCUGUUGGAAUUCUGACUCUCCCUCUCGUGGAGAAAAAAAAAAGAAGAAAGAUUCCUUGCCCUCUUGUGUGUGCAUCGCCAUUCCUGUAGAUUUCCUCUGAAAGAACAUGCGCAACCUGUACAGUAUGCAGUUAUUAAAAUUCUCUUUUUUGUAAAACUGC